UCUUAGCGACUGCAUCUGGGAGCUCCAGGCCCGGCAAGCCAUGUUCCGGAUCAAGCUGGAGCCUUUGAAAAUGAGCGCCUGGGCUAUGAAUGUGUUUGUGAAGUUUCGGAAUAAAGAGUCUGCGGCGGCGGCCGGGACUGUCUCCACUACCAACAUGGGGAAGGACUACUACAAAGCGCUGGGGAUCCAGUCCGGAGCCAACGAAGACGAGAUCAAGAAGGCCUAUCGGAAGAUGGCCUUGAAGUACCACCCGGAUAAGAACAAGGACCCCAACGCGGAGGAGAAGUUCAAGGAGAUCGCAGAGGCCUACGAUGUGCUGAGCGACCCCAAGAAGCGGGCCGUCUAUGACCAGUACGGGGAAGAAGGGCUCAAAACCGGUGGCGGCUCGUCGGGCACCCCCGGGAACACCUUCCACUACACCUUCCACGGGGACCCCCACGCCACCUUCGCCUCCUUCUUUGGGGGCUCCAACCCCUUUGACAUCUUCUUCACCAGCGGCCGCUCCCGGGUCUUCAACGGCUUCGACCACGACGACAUGGACAUCGACGAUGACGACAGCGGGGACCCGUUCAGUGCCUUUGGCCGGUUCGGCUUCAACGGGCUCAAUGGCGUCCACCGCCGGCACCCGGAGCCCAUCCACAUGCGCCGGAAGGUGCAGGACCCCCCCGUGGUCCACGAGCUCAAGGUGUCCCUGGAGGAGAUCUACCACGGGGCCACCAAGCGGAUGAAGAUCACCCGCCGGCGGCUGAACCCGGACGGCCGGACCAUGCGGACGGAGGACAAGAUCCUGAACAUCGUCAUCAAGCGCGGCUGGAAGGAGGGCACCAAGAUCACCUUCCCCAAGGAAGGAGACGCCACUCCGGACAACAUCCCCGCCGACAUCGUCUUCAUCCUGAAGGACAAGCCCCACUCGCUCUUCCGGAGGGACGGGACAAAUGUCAUCUACACGGCCACGAUCAGCCUGAAAGAGGCCUUGUGCGGCUGCACCGUCAACAUUCCCACCGUGGACGGGCGCGUCAUCCCGCUGCCCUGCAACGACAUCAUCAAGCCGGGCACCGUGAAGAGACUGCGUGGCGAGGGGCUGCCCUUCCCCAAGGUGCCCACCCAGCGCGGGGACUUGAUUGUAGAGUUCAAAGUCCGCUUCCCGGACAGAAUAGCCCCCCAGACCCGGCAGAUCCUCAAGCAGCACCUCCCCUGCUCUUAGGGCCCCCCGCCCCCCCCCCCGGGCUGGACGGCCCCCCGGCCUCCCUGCCAGGCCGGCCACCUUGCCUUCCGAGCAGCAAUACUUCACGCACGGGUGCUGCGGUCCACUUGGCCUUGGCGACGCACGGGGAGGGGGAUGCGCCCCUCCUUUUCCAAGAGACGCUCUGGCCUGGCUUGUGUGUGCGCUCCCUCUUUUGCCCCAUGGCCCAGCUGGCACCCACUCCGCUCUCUCCUCCUCUCCCUCCCUCUUGAGCCUGGCGCAAGUCUCGAGCCCCCUCUCGCCGCUCCUGGAGGGUUUCUACUGGGCAGUUUGACAAGCAGCCGGCCGUCGGAAGCACCCGGGACGUGGCCUCCCCCAACCCACUCCGGUGUAAAUAGGACCUGGACUCUCUCCUGCUUCCUGCGGACGGUCUGAGAACCUCUCUAAGCGACUCUGUGUUCUGGCUGCCACUGAGGCAACGUGCCAAGGAGCCACCCAAUCCUGCCUUGCAGAAGCAGACUGGGCCCCCAUGGUGCCACCUGCCCUUCCUCCGUCGCUGUGUGCCUCUGCGUGGAACGGAGGAGGCCUGCUCUUGCUCUCUCGGAGCCCAGGAGGCGUCUCGGCUCUGCGGAGCCAGGCCAAACUCACCUGCCUGGGUGGCUCUUCCUGCCGCUUUUUCCACGGAGCUCAAGGCCUGCUUGGCUUGUCGGCUCCUGUUUUUUUUUUUACGCUUAAUAGAAACUUUGCAAGGGUUGCUUUCUACUGUCUGGUGUGGUUCAUCUGAGCGCCCCCUUUUUUUUGCGGGGGCCGGGGGUGGGAGAAGCCGGCCUGAGAAGGGCACAAGCUACGUAGGCGCCAAGGUUCAGAGCAAGGGUCCGAGGAGAGGUCCGAGAGGGGCUGUAUGUGUGCGUGUCUAGGGGCACGGGGGUGCCAUUUUCCAGGGAGAUCCGGAAGGGCCAGGCCAGCGUGGGGAAGAGGAGGAGAGUUGCCGGGAGACCUGCUUGUGUGGUGCUUCAUUUAGAGGCUGCAUUUUAAAAACUUUUCAGAGGGACAUUUUUAGAGAAGCAUUUCUUAUCCUCUCCAGCUGAGAAGACUUUGCUCCACCCGCUGGGACGUCUCUGGGAAGUGAAGUGGGCUUGAUUUCCAAAGGGUUUUGACGCUGUUUUGCAAAAGCACCCUUUCUCCUGAACCCCCCCCCCCGUUAAAAAACCCCUCCCUGACAAAAUGUGGUGCCAAAACCUUGGGAUCCCUGACUUUGGUUUCGCCUGUUUGGAAGCCAAUUUCUCUGACUUGAAACGGGGGCGCCUGCCUGGGCUGCCCACGGCAGUGCCCCGGGGGGUGGGGUGGGGGUGGCGGUGAGCAGAGCGACUGCCCGCUUCAUUCAGCCUGGCUGUUUUUUCUGAGCUGACCCUCGGCUGCCUCCGACUUGCCCUGUGGUCGGGCGGAGAGUCCGGACGCAGCGCAGCGGCUGCUGUUUCCUGUAUAGCUGUACAGAACCUCACACUUUGGGUCCUUUUAAUGUGCAAUUUUUUUCUCUGAGGAGAUGAAAACUGUUAGCGCAGUGUUGAACUUACCAACCAGUUUGAAUGGUUAAGACGAUGCCUUUCUCCCCCCCUCCCCCCCCACGUGUGUGUGUGUGUUUUUUUAAAACAAAUACAAAAAAACUCAGGCUGCUGGUGGUUGGCAGGGCUGGUGGGUGAGAGCGGAGCUGGGAGCGCCUUUGGGGUUUUUCUCCGUUUCAGGGAGACCCCGAGUGGUUUUAUAGCGGGUUUUUUGUAUUUCUUUAUUCUUUUGUAAUGUCCCGUAUUAAUAUUUAAAGAAAAUAAAGUAUUUUAAAAAUA